AUGCAACCCAUCCCUGCCCUUUUGACUAUUCUGCUGCUGCUGUCCCUGGUGCUUCCAGGACAGCCUCAGUUGGUAAGAGAUGUGCCAGGUUCUGUCGAUAAGAAUGGCAUAUGCCAUUGUGUGGUUUACCUGCCCAGCAACCUCGUCCCCCUGAAGCAGUUGGAACAGCUACUGAGUACAGCCCAGGAGCUCGUGGGCAAGUAUGAACAGGAGCUCUCCAGGGUCAGUGAGUAUGCACAUGCCACUGAAGAUCAGGAUAACCAGGUCCUAGAAAUGAACCAUGCCCUGAAGUUCAGGAAUCCUACUGCCCUUGCUGCCUCCUAUGAGUCCCCAGCCUUCAACCUGCUGCGCCUGGAACUGGAGGGAGCACAGGAGUUAGCAGCCCAGCUUAAGGCUAAGGGAAGAGUUAGUGCAGCUGGGGACCUUCUCUACCAACUCCAGAGCCAGGUGGCUAAUGCUAGCCUCACACUCAAGCUUCUGGCUGACUCUGACCAGCGCAGCUUCCGUGCUCUCCGCCAGGAGGUGGACGUCCUUGAGAGCCGGCUAAGCGAGUGUGAGAGGGAGAAGGAGAAAGAAGAGGCCUCCAGAAACUCCAGCCCAUUCCUACCCCCAGGCUCUUGUGCCCAUGGAGGCCUCCAGAAAGUCAGCAGACCCCUUGUGGUACAGCUCAAUUGGAGAGGCUUCUCUUACAAGGCAGGGGCCUGGGGUCGAGACUCAGCCACCAACUCAUCCUCUUCCCUCUACUGGGUGGCCCCUCUGCGUAUAGAUGGAAGGUACUUUGACUACUACCGACUGCACAAGUCCUAUGAUGACCUGGUACUGCUGAAGAACUAUGAGCAGUGGAAGAUGGGCUAUGGUGAUGGCAGUGGUAAUACAGUGUACAAGAACUUCAUGUACUUUAACUACUAUGGCACAGGUGAAAUGGCCAAGGUGGACCUUUCUUCCAACAGCCUGGUUCUGCAGCGCCCAUUGCCAGGUGCCACCUACAACAACCGCUUCUCCUAUGCUGGUGUGUCCUGGAAAGAUUUAGAUUUUGCUGGUGAUGAGAAGGGGCUAUGGGUGCUCUAUGCUACAGAGGAGAGCAAGGGCAACCUGGUUGUGAGUCUCCUCAAUCCCAACACCCUAGAAGUGGAGGAAACCUGGCACACCAGCCAGUACAAGCCAGCUCUGUCAGGGGCUUUCAUGGCCUGCGGGGUGCUCUAUGCUUUACGUUCUCUGAGCACCCGCCAAGAGGAGAUCUUCUAUGCUUUUGAUACCACCACUGGGCAAGAGCACCAUCUCAGCAUCCUGCUGGAUAAGAUGCUAGAAACACUGCAGAGCAUCAACUACUGCCCCUCAGAUCACAAGCUGUAUGUCUACAAUGAUGGCUACCUGGUCAAUUAUGACCUCAGCUUCCAGACACUGAAGAGCAGGCUACCAAAGCCACUAGUCAAAAGGUCAUCUGGAGCUAAGGCUCCACCCAAUGCUGUCAAACUCAACAAGUCCCGCAGGCCUUGA